AUGGCUAGAUUUUGGGCUUGGAUUCCUUUCGUCGCAGGUGCGAUGGCCACCAUGGACCAGUCUAUCUCAGUUGGAAGCCAGGACAUCAGUGUCUCUACUUCGAGUUCCACGACCAUCAUCGUCAUUUCCGCGAACAACGGAGGGUCUUCCCAGACUCAAUAUUACAAUAGCCCGAUGAUGCAGGCUGGUAUGGUCCAUCAGGUGACUGUUGGUGGAGACGCUGGUCUUGUCUACACCCCUGAUACCAUCCAGGCCGCUCCUGGUGAUAUGGUCCAGUUUAACUUCAUGUCUAAGAACCACACGGUCACACAGUCCUCCUUCAGCGAGCCCUGUGUGGCCAUGGAGGGCGGCGUCGACUCUGGCUUCAUGCCUAAUGCCGACAACACUGUCAGCCCGCCCCCGAUGAUGAUGUUCCAAGUCACGUCGACUGAACCCGUCUGGAUGUACUGUCGCCAGACGGGCCACUGUGGAAAGGGUAUGGUCUUCAGUAUCAACCCCACCGCAGACAAGUCCCAGGCUGCUUUCCAGGCUGCUGCGAUGUCCAUCAACGGUACCGUCUCAAUGGACUCGAGCAUGGCUGCAAGCUCUUCAGUAGCAGUCGCCGCCAGCUCUUCGGUGGCAGUGGCCGCAAGUUCUUCGGUGGCUGCUGUUGCUACCUCUGCUGCUGUUCCUCCGCCUGCUUCCUCCUCCAGCGCUGCUAGCAUUGCGCAGGGCUCUGGUACUCUUGUCAGCGGCGGUGCCUGCGACUGCUCUUGCCUCUGUGGAAUCAGCGCGUUCCCAGCUGGUGCUGGCCUGGGGAUGCUGGGUGGAAUGUCAGGUUCUAUGCCCCUCGCCGUUGCGGGCCAGUAG